UGAGAAGAGCAUGGGAGGCAAAUUAACGACGCGUUUGCGCUUUAAGAUUUUCAGAGUUGUCUCGGUUCAAUUAGGCUGCCUUAAAGUUGAAACCACUUUCAAUUAUUUUCUUCGUUUUGGUGAUUUCAAUUUUGACGAUGGACGAGUUAUUGUUAGCAAUACUCUCCAUGCUUCUAGCAGUUGGAUUGAUUCCACUGUAUCUAUGGAAAUGCCAUCAGGAUUCUCGUUCACCUCCUGCACAGGAUGAACCGCAACAGGCUCCUCAAAUGAACACUGUGGUUCGCGCCACUGGUACUCGUCGGAUGCGUCGAAGAGCAGCUGCUUCUGGGGCUAGCUCUUCAUUACCUCCUGCAGCAGUGGCAGAAGAAUCUGUAGGUGAAAGUGAUGAUGAAGCUGCUGGUAAUGGGUAUUAUGAGGCUAAAGUGUCAAACAAGAAGGAGAAGAAACGAGAAGAGAGGGAAGCACGGCGACAGGCUGAAGAAGCUGCAAGAGAAUCAAGGCAGACAAAACAAGACCGUUAUGCGGAGAUGCGGAGGAGGAAGGAUGAAGAGCAUGAGGCCCAGGAGCGUUUGCUGGAAGAGGAGGCCAAAGCUCAGAAGGCUAGAGAAGAGGAAGCUGCUGCAUUAGAAUUUGAGAAGUGGAAAGGCGAAUUUUCAGUUGAUGAUGAAGGUACCCUUGAAGCUUUAGACGGUAAUCAAGACUUGCUUGCAGACUUUGUAGAAUAUAUAAAGAAGCAAAAAUGUGUUCCCUUAGAAGAUCUUGCUGCAGAAUUCAAGUUACGGACUCAGGAAUGUAUCAAUCGCAUUACCUCCUUGGAAACUAUGGGUCGGAUUUCUGGUGUCAUGGAUGAUAGAGGGAAAUAUAUUUACAUUUCAGAAGAAGAGAUGAAAGCUGUUGCUGAUUAUAUUAAGCGGGAAGGAAGGGUUAGCAUUUCCCUCCUGGCUAGUAAGUCCAACCAGUUCAUUGAUUUAGAGUCAAAAGCCCAGUUCACUGAGGAUUUCAGUAACGUGGAGGAGAUUUCCGUCAACUAACACGUUUGGUCACCUGGGUAGCGGAAAUCGUGGAAGGUAGGUCAGGAAAAGGGUGCUGAUCAUGGUAACUGUGAUUGCAGCCAACAAUGAGGUGGUGUCCAAAAUUCAAGUUUACACUAUACUUGCUAGUUGCUAAUUUUGCUUGGGGUUUGAUUCGGGAGUUUUUAGUAUUUUGGGAUGUAACACUACAGUUCUCCGCAAGUUAUGCUGUAUUACGACUUGAUAUGGGGAAACAUAGUGUAAAUUGUAUGUAUCUUUUUGUUGGUUGUCG